AUGGCGGCGCAGACGGGGUCCUCCCGGCCUGGAUCCGGCCAAGGGCGGCGCGGAGGUGGGCUGUCUGGCCUCGAUCCGGUCAACGACAGCGCGGCCUGGCCUCGAUCCGGCCAAGGGCGGCGUGGAAGAGGCCGCCGGCCUCGAUCUGGCGAACGGCGGUGUUGCUGCCCGAGCUCUGUCCAAGGGCGAAGCGGAGGAGGCCUCCCGCUUUUGAUCGGGCCAAGCGCAGCAUGGAGGAGGGCCGCCUGGCCUUGGGGUCAUCGAGCUUGUCGCACUCCGCUGCGGUUACCUGCGACGACGUUGGAUGGAGAUGCCAGUGGAGGUCUCGGCAGUGGGCUUUGUUGUGGCCGUCCCAUCCCCAUCCCUGGCGCCGGCAACCAGAUCAUCCAGCUCGGCCAUGUCAGGAAUCAAGAUUACUAUGACAACAAUGCUCUAAAUUGUUCAGCAAAUGAGGAUGUUGAGACAAGAAUUGGUACUAACAUGGAUAACAUUGAUGGGCCUUCAGUUUCAGAGUCUGAUGUACUGAAGCAGGGGGCCAUAGAUGUGCCUGAUCGUCAAUAUUGA